UCAGGCAAAAGUUCCAAAAUUUCUGGGGUUCGAGCAAAUGUUAGUUUGGUGCUUUUUAGGUUUUAAUAUAAUUGUAAAUUGCAUAAGACAUGCAGUCUUAUUUUUGACUCCUGGUUGCACAAAGUAAGCAAAUGUUACAUACAGCUCUGGGAGACUAUGGUGGUCAUUUUUUCUGUUGUAUGGCAUUACAUAGACCAAACUAUUAAUUGGAAACAAAAAGUAUUGAAAGUCAUUGUUAAUUCCAACCAUAUAUACGGGUGUAAACACAUCCCUGAUCUCUAUUGUUCGUUUGAUAACCACAUAUUCUCAGGACAUUAUGUUCAUAAAAAAAUAUAAAAUCAAAAGCAGCACUCCUGAUAAGUACAUAAGAAUUAAUGGCUCCUGUUCUUAAAAUGUGUAACAAACCCAUUUAGUAUCUUAACAAAAUUAGGUUUUAACAUCUUGAGUGAACAGAUUAGCUGUGUAGAAGCCCAGAUGGAUGCCAGUCUGUUUCAUCACCCAUACACAAACAUUAGAGAAACACUUCUAACAUUUCUACAAACAUUUUUGAGUGAGAAAGGAAAAAAAAAACUCUUCGGCAUGUAGUUUGUGGAAAUCGAUUUCAAGACGUUAAAACGUGAAAGCGAUUCAGGCUUAGCUGAGCUUUUUGUCAGGUUUGGUUUUACACACGUUUCUGCGUAAUCCAAUUUUAACUGCCUCGCUUAAUCCAUUCAGAGCUGGUAACCCAGGUACCGCAUGAUCUGAUCCUGCCACCAUAACGAAGAUGCAGUGGAGGUUUCUGCAAUAUGCUUAUCUAAAAUACAUCAUAUCUCCAACUGAAGAGGACAGUAAAAUUCCACACUAGGCAAAAUAAUCUUAAACGCUGACGGUACUAACUGUCGUGUGGAUCCUGCGUAUGACGGGCGCUGGCACUUUAGUGCUGAUUCAGUGACGUCAUUAAACCAUUUUUGUUAUCCGUCUAAAUCUGAAAUGGUUUGCUCUGGCUCUGUCCAAAUGCAUGUUCUUGUAACAUUUUCAUGUGCAACAAUGAAAUUAGAGAUGCUUACCAAGAGAUAUAAUGUGCACCUUUAGGUACUACAUCCUUUUUUCUUUUUUUUUAAAUAAGAUUCUGUAAAAAAAGGAAGCAGUUUGGUGUGAUUUUUAUCCCGACUCGAGUUAUCCAGAGUUUAUGUGAUCAAAAAAAAAAGGAGACCAGCAUUACUGAAGUUCAUUCUCCUCCCCCAGACUGCAAGUUUGUUAUCCAGCCUCAUCCUGGAGUUAGAAAUUUGAGUUUAAGCCUGUUUUGUUUGGAACAAAUCACAUCUCAUAAACAGAUUUCUGCUUCCUCAGAACUGCAGUCAGAAUGCAGCUGUGUUUCAGCGGCUGACACAUCACCGAAGCUGCCACUGAAGGUUCAUGUGUCUGAGGUUAAAUUGUCUGAAAAAUGUGGCUACGGGGGAAAUUUCUUUUCUUCUCACAUGAAUACAGAUUUUUAUUAUUUCUAUCUUUAAACAUAGCCAAAGAAAUUUACAGUGAAAGUCAUAAAGUCGAGCUGACUCAUUUCAAAUAUUUUGGGCACACCAAGAUUGUGGGUUCGCUCUAUUCUUCCGGAUUGCUGGUCUGUCAUGAAGGUGUAAAUUAUGCUUCAGUUUUCUUAGAGAUUUUUAACCCAUUUAAUCUUCUUACAGAAAGUAAAGCACAGUACGGUUUUCUUUGUUUGUGAGGAAUAAAUAAACUGGACCGAAAGAGAUGUCCAUGUCCAUGUCAUUGGUAUCAAGACAAACCACAUCUGCUGAAGCUCACCAUGCAGUCAGACACUGUUUUUCCGCUCUCAGUGACACUACAGGCUGCGGAUAUAUCUUCUGCCUCAUUAACCAUAACGGACCUGAUGUAUGUUCACGCUCUCCUGUGCAGAUUUUCACUGUGUUGUUUGACAAGGUGAAGAAAAUGGUCGACUGAUGACUUAUUUAUAGAAGACAUUAUCUACCUGUAAGGAAGUUGGUGGGAAAGGUUUGUCUGUGAAUGAACCUUCUGAGCCACAACUCAGAUUUAUGACGCUGCAACAUUAGACUUCAUCUAAAUUUAAUGACAGGCCUUUGUUCUGGAUUUAGAAACAGUAGAUUAUAAAGCCCAGAGUCCUUACUAGUCCUCAAUGGGUGUGUGGGGUUGUGAAACUAUAAAUCUGGUGCGUUUUGCUGCACCUCUGGGUUAAAAUGCCUCGACUGAAUUUGAGUUUUUUAGUGAAAGAGCCAGUGUGAUCCCAGCUUUCAGUGGACUGCUGGUGAGCUGCCUGCGCCUUUUGAUGUGGCGACGGAAGCCACCCCAUCAUUUUCCCAUCAGCUCACAGAUGUUAUAAAUACUCAUUAAAAGGCAGCUCUUCAGCCUUCAUGCCAAGAUGGAUGAUUCUAUGUUUAGGUUUUUAUGACAAAAUAAGUUCAGAGCAUAUUCAGUUUGUUGCCAAGAAAAUAGAAACACCUGUAAAUAUUCACUUUUUAUUGACACUGUGCCUUUGGUUUUUGAUGUUUGGACUCAUUCAUAUUUAAGCUGUACCAAAAAGAAGGCCUCUGAAUUAUUUAACUUAGGUCCACUUGGACUUUUCAUAUUACACUCAAUCAGGAAUUUAAUUCUCACCAUUAUUUAUUAUUGUGUUGGCCCCAAAAUAGUCAAAUGUGACUAUGUGAAGUGCUUAAACCACAUGGCCUUGGUUUGCUAUAGUAGCCCAUUCUGACGAUAGAAAUAGAAGUAAUUAUGGUGAGGCAAAAUUAUGAGCUAAUAAAUCCAGAUUAUAACAUGCAGAGUAAAAAUUACACUACUAAGUAACAAUUAUGAGAUACAAAAUGUUUCAUACCGAGUUAAAAUGAGGCACUAAGCCAAAAACAAUGACGUAUUAAAAAUGACAACCUAGUUGAAACCAUUACACAAACAGUUAAAAACACAGAAUUAUUGAGAAAAACACUCAGACAAGAACAAUGACUUACUGAGUCAAAAUAUUAUGAUAAUAAAUACAGAGGUAUUACAACAGCCUGGGGCACAGGCAUGAUGUUUUCCGUCUGUCCUAUUCUCAUGAACACGAUAUCUCAGUAACACCUCGGGGGAAUUUCGUCAAAUUUGGCACAAACAUUCACUUUGACUCAAAGAUGAACUGAUUAGAGUUUAGUGUACAGAUGUCAAAGGUCAAGGUCACUGUGUCCUCACCAAACAUGUUUUUAGCCAUAACUCCCAAGUUCACAAGCUAAUUAUGACAUAAUUUCACACAAAUGUCUAAUAGGAUAAAAUUAUGAAGUGAUGACAUUUUAUAUUCAAUGAUCAAAGGUCAACUUCACUGUGACAUCACCCUGCAAAUGCACAAUUAUUCAAUGCUGUAACUCAGUUAGGGGAGAUUGAGACCAUGUUUCCAUCAACCUUUCUAUUAUUUUAAUAGAAAUGGACUUCCAUAAAAGGGUAAAUAUAGCCUUGCUGUUUUUUUUACCAGUGAAGUUUGAUGAUUCCUAAUUCUGCUUCAGCCUCCUCUAGGGCCGCCUGGAUGUACCAGGACCUUAACUUUGAGAACCUGUGUCAGAGGCGGGUUUAUGGUUUCACAGCGGUCUGUGUGGAAACUGGAGUGUGCACGCUGUUCAAGAGUGGGUGGCUUGGUUCCCUGAAUCUCGCGAGACUUUCAUUCUGUGGAGAGCGUAGACCGCUACGGUCCUAUCGUGCCAACCCGGUCUCAUCACCGGGCUGACGGACAGACAGAGAGGGGGGACACGGAGCAGGCGACAAAGGACUGACUGGCCGGCAACAUGGAGCUCAUCUGCCGGUUUCAGCCAGCAAGCAGGAAGUGUCUCCUUCCGUAAUAUAUGGCCACCAUGGAGUUGAGAUAACCCUUUCCUCUUUUCUUCGCCAAUCACGGCUGCGGAUCUAAUAUUACCAUGGGUAUUUGGCGUGGUCUACGAGUGGCGUUCAUCCUGGGGUCUUUGUUUAUGAUCCUGCUGAUCAUCGUCUACUGGGACGACAUCGGAGGUUUCAACCUCUAUCCACUGCAGGACCCCAAACACCGGACACUUCAAUCUGAUUCUUGCCCACGGACGACUACAGGCUCUUUGCUUUCUCCCUCCACCAGCAGGGUCCAGAGCAGUUCCUCCCUCACUGUCCCCACCACCGCUUCCAGUACAAAACCCAUGCCUGAGAAGACGAGGGGAGCAGCUGAAGAACAAAAACAGGAGGAGGAGGGCAAGGACAAACAAGAGCAGGGGAAGGAGGAAACACAAGAGGAUGGGAGGGAGAGGAGUCAGACUUCUGCUGAUGACAGGGAACAGGAGGCGAGGAAGCAGAGGAUCAUGGAUGUUUGUUCAGGACGGGACGAUGUGGAAUUCCCUGGAAGGACUCGGGCAUUUGAGCAGAUCCCCAACAGGGAACUGGAUCACCUGAUAGUCGAUGAUACCCACCAGAUUAUCUACUGCUACGUUCCCAAGGUAGCUUGCACCAACUGGAAGAGAGUGAUGGUGGUUUUGUCUCAGUCUCUGAUCUCGCCCUCCUCAGGAAAGCCUUACACUGACCCAGAGGCUGUACCUCCGGACCUCGUACACAACUCCACUCUUCACCUCACUUUCGCCAAGUUUUGGCGCCAUUAUGGUUCUCUGUCCCGCCACCUGAUGGCACUCAAGCUCCAGCACUACACCAAGUUUCUGUUUGUACGAGACCCUUUUGUACGUCUCAUCUCUGCCUUCAGGAACAAGUUUGGAAGACCCAAUGAGGACUUCUACAGGCAGUUUGGUUCAGUCAUGCUACGUCGUUAUGGUAAUGUCUCUGGGAGUUUGCCAGAGACCGCAGCCGAGGCGUUUGCAGCUGGAAUCAAACCAACAUUUCAGCAAUUUAUCACAUACCUGCUGGAUCCAGAGACUGAGAAGGAGAGUAUGUUCAACGAACACUGGCGACAGGUGUACCGCCUCUGCCAUCCAUGCCAGAUCAAGUAUGACUUCAUUGGACGACUAGAAACCCUAGAACCCGACGCAGAUCGCCUGCUGAAGCUUCUGGAGGUGGAUCAUCUGCUCCGCUUCCCUUCAGGGGCUCGAAACCGAACUGCAACCAGCUGGGAAAGAGACUGGUUUGCACAGAUUCCCAUAACAAUGAGGAGAGAACUGUACAAGCUAUAUGAACCAGACUUUGAGCUGUUUGGUUAUCCCAAACCUGACAGCGUAUUACAUCAGUAAUCCAUACAGAGCCAAAGGCCUGGGCACUGCACUGUGUGUAGAGCCCACACCUCACCUACCUGCCUUUAAAGACCAGUCUACAUUGCUGUUUGUUUCAUUUGUUUUGUGCAUACCUCAAAUGACCGAAGGGCCUGCCAGUAUUAUUUUAUUUUUGUCAUCAUUUCAUAUCUGAAGCACACCCGCUUACAAGCUAAGUUAUCCCAUCCGUUCCCCCCGCAAAGGCACUUUCAAAUGUAUUUUGUGAAUAGUAUUUUGGUAUAUCAUGGGGGAAAGGGCUGCGGCUAACUGUUUGCUGACGUUUCUGAGGGUAAACAUGUUGCAGAAAAAUAAAGAGUUUUUCUAAAUGUUUGACUUUCUUUUUUA